UUCCCACUCGUAGCUUGUACAUGUCCUUUUCUCAGUUCACUUAUUGUCGUUAGUUUUGCAUUAUACACACUCCUCUCAGCUGGAAUUCACAAUGUCUUGCAGCACUUUUUUUCGUAGCCACAUGUCCAAACAUGCAUUGUUCAAUAUCUCUUGUGCAUGCAUGCAAUCCCAGUUCACAGCCAGAAAUCCAGCUGGAGAGGAAUGACAUUGAUGCCCAGCUCGCCCUUUGCAGCUUCUCUGCACGACCCCUCUGAAAAGGAUGCACUGAGCUGUGGAAAGGGCGCAUACAGCACCAUGCAUGCAGACACGGGAAGUAGAUAUGCUGAGCACAGGCCAGCACCAUAUCGCAGCACCGCCUCCUGCCAUCUCCAGUCACAGAUAAUAUAUACAUCUUGGCUGUUCUCUUUUGGGGAAGGGGAAGAGCGCAUGGGCCUGUCACUGCUUACUGUGCUAGUGACUGCUCCCCAUAGAAUCCUCCAGCUGGCAGUUUCUGCCUGGAUCCCACCCGAGCGCAGGUCACACUGGUUUGCGGGGAGUGGGAGGAUCGCCACUUCCCAGCUCGUAGCAACAGAAAAGGACGCAGACGACGGCUGCCCUGCCAUUUCCCAGGUGACCAAAGAGUCCAGCACGUUUGUGCUGCUAUUUGGGAAAUAAGCGCAAAUACACCCAUGAAAUCACGCACAAUUGGAUUUAGUCCCUUGCGG